AUGAAGUUCACCGCUGCCGUCCUGGCCGUCCUGGCCGCCGUUGCCUCUGCUGAGGUCACUCUGACCAACAGCGACUACGACAUCGAGGCCGGCAAGCCCUUCACCAUUGAGUGGACCGGCGCUGACGGCCCCGUCACCAUCACCCUGAAGAACGGUGACCCUACCGACCUGCAGACCGUCGAAGUCAUUGACUCUUCGGACUCUGGCAGCUCCUUCACCUGGACCCCUCCCAGCGACCUGCCCACCGACACCUACGCUUUCGAGAUCGUCGAUAGCUCUGGCGUCCCCAACUACAGCCCUCAGUUCCAGUUCGAGGGCACUGCCAGCCCGUCCAGCUCUGCCGCUGCUUCCUCCACCGCCUCUGAGACUGUCGCCUCCACCUCUGCCUCCGAGACGACUGCCUCCGCUACCGAGACUACCGCCUCCAGCGAGGUCAGCUCCACCAGCGCUUCUACCUCUGGCAGCUCCAGCUCCAGCUCCAGCUCUACCGCCUCCAGCACCUCCUCAAGCUCUGCGUCGUCCACCUCCGCAUCUUCCUCCGCUACUUCCACCCCGGAGAACACCAACGACAGCCAGCGCCUGGGCUCUCCCCUGGCCUUCGUCUUCGUCACCAUCGCCGCCCUGCUCUACUUCAACUAA